AGCGACCAAGCCAACCACACGUCCCGGCUCGACGACAACCGCGCAACAACACACUUCGAGCGCGACAGCAUCCCGAGAGUAUUGGUCCCGCAUUCUGAGGAUCGACUCUCGUCUCCCCUUUCUCCAAAGCUACAGAGUGCGUUCCUAGGAGGCACAAGCGCGAAAGGCGCUUUACCCCAUCGUCACCAUGUCCGGCAGCAUCGCUUCCAAGAACCUCUACGAGCUCCUGGGCAACGACCCCGAGCUCGACCCCGAAAGGAGGACGCCCGAGCAGCCUACCAAGGCCAUUGACAAGCCCAACCAGCGCGCUGGCAAGCGCAACGCUGGUGCCGAGGGCCCCGUCAAGGACACUCCCCGCCCCGCUGGCCGCGGUGGCCGCAACCAGUUCUCUGGCAACGAGGGCGCUUUCCGCGACCGCGACGCUGGUAGCUACAACAACCGCAGCAAGCCCGCUGACGAUGGUCUCCGCAGCGACCGUCACCCCAACCACCUGAGGGGUUCUGAGGAAUCCGGCAACCGUGGCCGUGGCUCCCGUGGCGGCCGUGGUUUCGGCGGCCGUGGUGGCCGCGGUGGUCGUGACGACCGUCACAGCCGCACCGGUGUCUCUGACCACCCCAAGCAGGCUGCCCACGGCUGGGGUGGCGAGACCGGCGGCGAGGAGCUUGCCGACGAGAUGGCUGGCGAGGCCAUUGCCAAGCAGGAGGAGAAGGAGGGCUUCGAGGCCGACGCGGCCAACGGCGAGCCUGCCGAGCCCGAGGACAAGAGCAAGUCCUACGACGCGUACCUUGCUGAGCUGGCCGAGAAGAAGGCCCAGCUGGGCAGCACCCCCGAGGUCCGCAAGCCCAACGAGGGCGGCGACAAGAAGUUCCCCGAGGGUAAGGCUAUUGCCAAGCCGGAGGAUGAGCAGUACUUUGUCGGCGGUGGCGGCAAGCAGAAGAGGGAGCGCGGCCCCAAGGAGAAGCAGACCAUCGACCUCGGCGACAUCUACGGCCGCGGCGAGGAGCGCUCCGGUUUCCGCGGCGGCCGUGGCGGCCGUGGUGGCCGUGGUCGCGGCGAGGGCCGUGGUGGUGCCGGCCGUGGUGGCCAGCGCGGCGCGCCCCGUGGUGGCGCCAAGGGCACUGCCGUCAACCUCAACGACCAGUCUGCUUUCCCCAGCCUGGGCGCUUAGACGCACACUCAGCGUGCCCCGCUAGCCAGCCAGCCGCAAGGACAGACAUUGGGCAACCAAAAAUAAAAAUGCGCGACUUUUUAGCUAUCCUCAUACAAUCCACACAUUUUCUUCACAACCCACCAAAUUUUGCGGACACGGGAGGAUAUGUUGAGAGGAAGCGCGUUUUCGAUUUUUGAUAUGGUGGCAGCAGCAAGCUUUUUUCUUCUACUUCACACACACCUUGAUCAUUUGGGGGGUGGGUGGGGAGAUGGAGAGAGACUGAGGGGAAAUGACACACUCAAACACACAGUUCAGUCUCACACACGAAUAACUUGAUCCAGGAGGGACCAAAUGUAGGAGGGGC